UCCAUGUCAGCCCAGAUUCUCUGCUUGUGCCUUUAAUAGAUCAGACUGGUGCCUGGCCACGGGUGCUGUUAUGUAGACAAGAUGUUGAGGGAAAACAGUUYUGAGCAAAGGCAGCCAAAGUCAGUGCCCAGGCGUCCCCACAGCGUUCACAUUCGUCGUGAUUUAGUGCAACUGCAGGUUUUAGUUGACUGCAACAAGGGGCUUUUUUUCCACCAUCUUUUCCAGUCUGUUUGGAACUCGAGAGAUGAGGAUUCUCAUCCUGGGGUUGGAUGGCGCAGGAAAAACAACCAUUCUGUACAGACUGCAAGUGGGGGAAGUUGUCACCACCAUUCCGACAAUCGGCUUCAAUGUUGAGACAGUGACRUACAAGAAUCUGAAGUUUCAAGUUUGGGACUUGGGAGGACAGACAAGUAUAAGGCCUUACUGGCGGUGCUACUAUUCAAACACRGACGCCGUCAUCUACGUGGUGGACAGCUGUGAUCGGGACAGAAUUGGCAUUUCCAAAUCUGAACUCGUUGCAAUGUUGGAGGAGGAAGAGCUGAAGAAGGCCAUUCUGGUGGUGUUCGCCAACAAGCAGGACAUGGAGCAGGCCAUGACGCCCACGGAGAUGGCCAACGCGCUGGGCUUGCCCGCGCUGAAGGACCGCAAGUGGCAGAUAUUCAAAACCUCCGCCACGAAAGGCACCGGCCUCGACGAGGCCAUGGAGUGGUUGGUGGAGACCUUGAAGAGCAGGCAGUAACAGAGAGCUGAUGGGAGCAGAGAAGCUUUGGCCGGUCCCAGCCUCCCUCGUCCUGCAGUCAAGUAUUUCUGGGUCAGACAUACUUGUAAAUAGACCCGAUUGAAGCCGACUCCCGUCAGCCGGGGGAUCUUUCUUCCGUUGUAAAAUGGAACCAAGUGAAGGUCUGUGUACAUGAAGAUACUCCAUUUCUUUCUUUGUGUUGUUAAGUAUGUUCRUAUGUUAAUUUGUAGCAAAGUCUUAGUGGGUGGGAAAGAUUUUUUUUUUYCUUCUCCCCCCCCUCCUGGUGAUUUURUGUGGCUACUUAUUCAUGUAAUUAAAACACUAAUAAAAUUUGGAACUGUCA